AUGGACUUGAGUUUCCCUCACGGCUCCUCAGUCAACGAUGGCAUUUCUCAAGACACCUAUCUGGGCGAGCAUUUUAAGCUACGUUUGCCUGGCAUUGAUCGCCUCGUUGAAUUCAUUCUCGAGAAAGGUCGUAACUGUCUCAUUUUCAAGAAGGACUUGCGUCGGGCUUAUCGACAGUUUCCUGUAGACCCCAAGGACUAUAAUUUACUGGGCUUUUGUUAUAAGGGUAAAUUUUAUUUUGACACUCGUUGUCCUUUCGGUUUGCGUUCGUCAGCUAUGAUUUGCCAACGCACGACAAAGGCGGUCGUCCAUAUCUUCACUGAGCAGGGGUUUUUCGCAGACGUUUAUCUUGACGAUUUUUACGGCGCGGAAUAUCCAUCUCUUGCAGCCCAGGUCUUUUCCUGUCUCGGUCAGCUAUUCCAACAUCUCGGCUUAGAUUCUUCUCCUGAGAAGGACUCGCCUCCUUCAACGUCCAUGAUUUGUCUCGGUCUUCUAGUUGACACUGCAGCGUUCACCCUCGAGGUUCCUCCUUCACGUCUUGACGAUUUACAGGCCGAACUCAAACUUUGGCAAUCCUCUACCUGUUUUACUAAGAAACAACUUCAGUCCCUCCUAGGGAAGCUCUCUUUUGUUACCGCUUGCGUUAAGCCCGGUAGAAUCUUCAUGGCUCGACUCCUAAAUAGUCUUCGCGAGUGCACGCAGCCAGCCCGUCACCGAUACCCCAUUUCUGCUUCUAUGCUCUCAGAUAUUCAGUGGUGGCUCGAUUUUCUUCCCCGGUUUAAUCGUGUAUCGCUCAUCAAGCCUUCCUCCUGGGACUUUGGGAGCCUUAACUUCUCGACUGACGCCUGCCUUUCUGGAGGCGGCGCUUCUUGUCAAACGGAGUGCAUUAGCUUUGUUUUUCCUGAUUGUAUUUCACCUGACAAUCUUCAUAUCAACGCGCUGGAACUUUUCACGAUCAUUGUUUCACUCAAGCACUGGGCUCCUCAGUUACGCGGACGCAAAUUCAUCAUUGCCUGUGAUAACUCCGCUGCUGCUCUUUUCGAUUUUGAAAUUCGAGCAUUACACGUUCCUGGAAAACACAAUCAAUUCGCGGACUGUCUCAGCCGUUGGCAUUCAGAUGCUUCAGCUCGCGAUACUUAUUAUCGUCUGUGUAGUGACUUUGAUCAGAUUUUUCAUUAUCAAGAUAUUGACUCUGCUUGUUUUUCUUUCGACGUUGCGUGA